AUCUCGAAAGCGUAAAUGUAGCCGAAUAUUUUGAAAAGACAAUACUAAGCUCAUAUAAGAAAAAUUUAUUUUACGGCUUUAUCUUACGCUAGUAUUUACGCUUUUGAUAAAUCUUUACAACCAUAUCCUCCAAUGAGAUGCCUGACACCUGACGAAAAAGUAUACAAUUUUGAGAAUGUGAAUGCAACGGCAAACAGCAUCAUUGUAAAUUUUUCGGAACCGGUUGUAAAGAGUGGAUGCAAAAAAUAUAAUUUACCAACUACUAUAUAUACUAUCUUCGUAAGCUGUUUAGACAACAAUCUCAACAAGUCUGAGAAAUUCAAUGUGCGAUAUGUGACGUGCGAGCGAUAUUACGAGAUUCAGAAUUUAACACCAUUUACAGAGUACAAGUUGAAGUUUACUUUAAGCAAUUUUUAUUUUGAUCGAUUAUCAAUAAAUCCAUUUGAUUCGAAUGUGAUACAAAUAAAAACUAAUUCGGGCAAGCUUAAUGCACCAGAAAACAUAAGUGUUCUAGCUUUGACGCCUACUAUAGCAGUAGUUCAUUGGAUGCCACUCAAGAAAGUGUACUGUGCGGCCGUGACCUAUGAAGUGCAUUCAUUAGUGAAUGGCACGCAACACGAGAACAAACAAUUUAUCAAUGUGCCGAAACGUAUGGCAGACGGCAGAUUUUUCACAAAGAUUGGCUUGUCGCUACCGGUACAAGAUUAUUUGAUAUACGUGCGUGUGUAUCCAAAUAAUUUUAGCGAUUUCUACAACGAGAGUUUAAGCAAGAUCGUUCACUUAUACUCAGAACCCAACAAUAUUACUUUGAGCGACGUCAGCAUAAAUAGCAUGAACAUUUCAUGGAGCUCAAACAUUAAUCUGAUGAUCAGUUUUGCACUACAGUACAAAGAGAAUGCAACAGAAGAAUGGCAAACAUUGAAUUCUAUUAAAAUAAAUUAUAACAAUGAAAUAGUAAACAAUGUCAAAAAUUUACAAUCGGGAACUUCAUACAAGUUUCGUUUGCUAUUGAGAUACAUCGAAUAUGAGGAAGAUUUUAUAUGGCCGACUGAUGAAAGAUUUAUUUUUUCAACACUUGGUGAUAUUUCGAAUAUUCCUGAAAUAAUAGAGGCAAAGUAUUAUCUGUCAGUGACGUUAAGUUUCAUCAUUAUAGUUACUAUAAUCUGCGUCUGCUACUUUUAUUAUUUGUAUCGUCAACGCAAAGGUAAUAACGAACAAUUUUUGUCUUCAACAAUGACCGAUAUAGAAUUGGCCAUUCUACGUGAACCUUACCAAUACAGUGAAUACAAUACGAUUUACAGUCCUAUGUUACAUUAUAAGCCGGAUGAAUGUGUGAUAAAAAAAAUCGCACGUAAACAAAUUACACUUACAAAUCGUAUCGGUUGCGGCGCAUUCGGAAUGGUGUAUCAAGGAAAGGUGAAGAACUUAGAAGGUUCGGGAACAGAGACAUCCGUUGCAAUAAAAACGGUUAAAAAAGAUGCUUCUUUCGAUGAGAAAAAGAAAUUGUUAAAGGAAGCCAAGCUUAUGAAUCAUUUUCAACACAAACAUAUAUUAAGCUUGUUGGCUGUUUGUUUAGAUGGGGAUUCUCCGUUAUUAGUGUUGGAAUUGAUGGAAACAGAUCUGUUACAAUAUUUGAGAGAUUGUCGAAAUUUGGAAGCGUCAGAUUCGCCUGCUUUGCGUUUGCAGGAUUUGCUCGCCAUGUGCGAAGAUGUUGCGCGAGGUUGUUGCUACUUGGAAGAGUCGCGUUACGUACAUAGAGAUCUAGCGUGUCGUAAUUGUUUAGUAUCUUCGAGAAAUCGCGAGAAUCGUGUCAUCAAAAUUGGAGAUUUUGGAUUAGCUAGAGAUAUCUACAAGGAUGAUUAUUAUCGCCUGAAAGGAGAACAUUAUUUUCCUAUUCGCUGGAUGGCACCCGAAUCUUUGAUGAUUAAAAUAUUUACUUCUCAAAGCGAUGUUUGGUCAUUUGGGGUAUUAAUGUGGGAAAUUACAUCGUUGGGUGAGCAACCUUAUAUGGACAAGACUGAAGAAGAAGUGAUAAAUUAUGUUCGUGCUGGAGGCAGGUUGCCGAUAAGUCUUAACUGUCCGUCACCAUUGUACCAAUUGAUGCUACGUUGUUGGACUGCAGCGGAUGCUAGACCAAAUUUCAAAUUUUGUCUGGAAAAUAUUAUAGCAUUAAGAAAGAACAUGGAAGAUACCUUACUGAGUCCAGUCGAUACUAUUUAGCCGAUAUUUUUAAAUUAAUGUUUCUCUUCUUUUCCGAACAAUUCAAUAAAUCUUAA